CAUAUAACGUAGUGCGUCGAUAGUUGAAACAUGGUGCCGCUAGGUCCCGUGCCAGGCCACCCUGCUGCACAUCAAACUCACGGUGGCCCUUCAGCCAGCUUAUCCGGUCCAAAUUCAUUAUCACAAUCUGCUCCACAGUCAAACAAGUCUUCAGUGGCGAAGCCGAACUAUACCCUCAAAUUCACUCUCGCUGGUCAUACAAAGGCUGUGUCAUCGGUAAAAUUCAGUCCAAAUGGAGAAUGGCUGGCUAGCUCUUCUGCUGACAAACUUAUUAAGAUUUGGGGUGCAUAUGAUGGUAAAUUUGAAAAGACAAUAUCUGGCCACAAAAUGGGGAUCAGUGAUGUGGCAUGGUCCUCUGACAGCAGGUUGAUUGUCAGUGCUAGUGACGAUAAAACUUUAAAAGUUUGGGAACUUAGUUCAGGAAAAUGUUUAAAAACGCUUAAAGGUCACAGUAAUUAUGUUUUUUGCUGUAACUUCAAUCCACAAAGUAAUCUAAUUGUAUCAGGCAGUUUCGAUGAGAGUGUUCGGAUAUGGGAUGUGAGAACAGGGAAAUGUCUAAAACCAUUACCGGCGCAUUCAGAUCCAGUUUCAGCUGUUCAUUUCAACAGAGACGGGAGCCUAAUCGUUUCUUCAAGUUAUGAUGGUUUAUGUCGAAUUUGGGAUACAGCUUCAGGACAAUGUCUUAAAACUCUAAUAGACGAUGACAACCCUCCUGUUUCGUUUGUUAAAUUCUCACCGAAUGGAAAAUAUAUAUUGGCGGCGACGUUAGACAACACACUCAAAUUAUGGGACUAUAGCAGAGGAAAAUGUUUGAAGACAUAUACGGGACACAAGAACGAAAAAUAUUGUAUCUUUGCCAACUUUAGUGUCACUGGCGGGAAGUGGAUAGUAUCGGGAUCAGAAGACAACUUGGUGUACAUAUGGAACCUUCAAUCAAAGGAGAUUGUACAGAGGUUGUCUGGACACACGGAUACAGUUCUCUGCACGGCCUGCCACCCCACCGAAAACAUUAUCGCUUCGGCUGCCCUUGAAAACGACAAGACAAUCAAACUAUGGAAGAGUGAUACUUAAGAAUUACUUUGGAAUUUCAAUCAGACAAAGAUCUGUGCGCGGCCUUCAUAUCGAGAGCUGAAACGCCCACAAGCUUGUGAAUACUUUUUUAUAAAAAUGAGAUACAUUUUUGUGGUAUCUCUGGACAGUGAACCGAGUUUGAAUAGGUUAUGAUAAUACUAUUUAGUAAUCACAGUUGGUAUGUGUGCAUUUUCGGUUGUAAUUAAGAUAUACAUAUUUUUGUAUCUGACAAGAAAUGAGAGAUAUGAAAUGUUUUAGCCAUUAUGUUUUAGUUAAGAUUCGAGUUAAGAAUUCAGCUUAAGAAUUAACUGUUGGAUGCAAUUAAAGAUUUAGUAGUUGUAAA